CAGUCUAUGCAAGAUAUGCAGAUAAUGGGAGGAGAUGAUCUUUCAAAGCUGACUGGGAAGAAUGUUCUAAUUGUGGAGGAUAUUGUUGGAACUGGAAGGACUAUGAAAGUUCUGCUUAAUAAUAUAGAAAAAUACAAGCCAAAAAUGAUUAAAGUGGCAAGUUUGUUGGUGAAAAGAACAUCUCGGCCUGAUGGGUACAGACCAGAUUAUUACGGAUUUGAAAUUCCAGAUUUAUUUGUGGUAGGUUAUGCCUUAGACUACAAUGAAUACUUCAGAGAUCUAAACCACAUAUGUGUUAUCAAUGAUCAUGGCAAAGAAAAGUACAGAGUCUGAAGCAGUUAACGUCCUCACCCGAAGACUUGUAAGCUCAGUGAAGCAGAAGUUUGACUACACUCCCUCAAGCGUCUCCCAGAAGAACAGUUCACCUGACUUGUGUUUCUUUCAACUCAGUAUAAUAAGGAAUUUACUCUAGAGGUACUAAUUAAUAUUCACAGAAGUGAGAGCUCCGACCUAAAAUGUGAAGUUGAGGGCUUUUAAAGUUAUUACCUUUUUUAAGUAUUAAAAUUACUGCAUAAGAUGCCUUUUGACUAAUAAUUUAUCUGCCUCAAGCCUCAUUGUGCAUCUUUUCUUCACUCAGUCUGUCAUUCUGCCCAUUUUAAUUCAUGUACUUCAC